AUGGACGCGCAGUACAUCACCGCCUGCGUGCAGAAGGCCGCUGCGCUGCGCAAGCACGACGUGCAGCUCUGGAAGCGCUACUCGGCCAGGAUUCUGGAGCUCAAGGAAGACCUGCUGCCGGAACAGCUGGGCUACAUCCUGUGGGGUUACGGCAAGAGCUCGUUCGUGGACGCCCACUUCUUUAGUGAGAUCACGCCGACGGUCCAGGAGCGCCUGCCCCAGUUCCAGUCGCACGCGCUCAUGUCCCUCAUGUGGUGCAUGAAGAAGGUGAAGUGGAAGGACCGCACGCUCGUCGAGGCUGCUGCCCGGCACUCGCUGGACGUGGUGGACGCCCUCCGCCCCUCCGACUUCAUCAAGGUCGCGAACGCCGCGGCGGCGCUCGGCCUGAAGGACCCGGGCCUGCGGGAGGCGAUGUCCAAGGUGGCCGUGCCGAAGCUGGAGGAGACCUUCGCCCAGCAGUUCCGGGACGCCGUGAACCCGGCCGCGAUCGGGUGCCUCUGGAGCGACGCGGUGGUGGAAUACCUGCUGGAGCGGUUCCGCAGGAUCUUCAUCACCGCGCGCCCGCAGCACCUGAUGAAGGCCUACGAGUCGGCGGUGGUCUGCAGGGUGCUGCAGCCUCAGGUGUGGCGGUCCCUGUCCAACGAGGCGAGGCAGUUCUACGUGCGGCUGUCGCAGCGGCACAUCCCAGACAAGGGGCGCGAGCCCACGGCGCUGCACUGGGACGUGUCCCGCCACCUGGCAGACCUGGGCGAGGCGCACCGGAACGCGUUCCGCUGGGGCCCGUUCAACAUAGACAUCGGCCUGGAGGAGCUGGAGGCCGACGAGAGGCGGCGGUGCCUGAUGGUGGACGCGCCCACGGCCUUCUUCCACGGCACCGACCAGUACUUCCCGACGAGGCACCUGCAGCACCGCGUGCUGACCUCCCUCGGCUGGGACGUGCGGCGCGUGCGCUGGGACGACUGGGCCGAGCUCGGGCCCUCGGGCGACGGCAAGAAGGCCCCGUCGCCCGGCGCGCCGCGGGGCUCGCGGCGGGCCCCCUCCUGCUUCCCGGGCGCGGUCGUGCGACUCGUCCUCGUGCAUGUUCCUUUUUUUUUUUGUCCUGCGCCCGUGUGGCGUCUGGGUCGCCCCGGCCCGCUCGCCCGCCGCGCGGGCAGCUCGACGCGCUCGGUGCCGACGGGGCCCGGCGACGCUCCGCGCCCCAACGGCACAGCAUUCCAGCAGGGGCUCGCAUCGGGCGCUGCGCCAGGGGGGGCGAGGCAUGGGGGAGUGCAGAAAAGGGGACGCCUCUUUAGGGCCAUUAUCGACUAG